AUUUUUUUUUUUUUUUUUUUUGCUUCGAUAAUUUCUCCAAAAUAUAUGGAUUCCCUGUCUAACCCAUCACAAUUUCGAUUUAUGUGAUCGUUUGACUUUCCCACUUUUUGUAUUAUUUAGAGAUUGCCGGGCCUUCUACCGGCUUUAUUAUUACCGGUAGAAGGCCAAUCUCUAAAGCUUACAAAAAUUCGGAAAGGAUUACAUAAAUCGAAAUUUGCAUGGGAAAGACAAGUGAUCCAUACAUUUUGGAGGAGAAAUUAUGUACUUAUCUAUCUAUUUCUAUUAUGUUAUCAACACCCAUAAAGCGAGCAGUGAUCGCGAUGGAAGUCAUAAGAGAUAUUUAUCACGCGUUUAAAUACCACAAUGCGCAGCUAAUAUGCAUAUAUAUAUAUAUAGACAUGAUUUUUAGUGUCUUUAAAUGCUGUUGCCACGAUGGACGUUCAAGCAUCAUUAUUCCUUCCAGCUUUAUUUCUAAUCCAUUUAAACGCUGAAUACUCACUAGCUUUCCAAAAUUGUCCAACAUCGAUAUUGACCGUUUCCUACACCACGUGUCCAAGGACGGAGGAGGCGUGGAGAGCGGCCGCCGAAAAGAAAAACUGCUCAAGCAUCCCACAAACUUGCACUAGUCUUGAAAAUUUCAAGUACCACUGUGUUACAAAUGCCUUCAGGAAUGAGUCCAUUGAAGUCUGCGCUCCUGGUAUAUUCCUGUUAGGAUUUUGUGCGGAAUACAACUUCCAGGGCGAACGAAUACAAGACAACUAUGACGCAGAUUGCAAACAGUUCACCAAGCCCUGUCCUAGCAGAUUCGAAUCUUGGAAGUCCUACCAAUUUCCUGAUUGCACUACAAUUAACGGUACAAAUCCCCGAGAUUCCAAACUAGAAUCGCGACCACAAGAUUUGAAGAUGAAUACUACAUCAGAUGCACCAAGGACUCAUCUCGAGAAAGCAAAGCAAUCAACUGAGACUAUAAUCUUGGUUAUAAGUCUUGCGAUCGUUUCCAUUGUUGUGUUUGGCAUCGCUGUGUUAGUUAUCAGACAUAAACAAAAACGAAAAUUGGCUGAUACGGGUACCAACAGCCGGCAUCAAACUACUUCUCUGUAUCAACCGUCUUCCGAGUCAGAAAUGGAAGCACUGAACCAAGACAAUGGUGUAUGAGGACUGAUUCGUAACUGAUUUUGAAAUUCGUCUCAUUAUCAUGGGCAUUGACAAGCCUUUGUGUGACCCUGAUGAUAUACGAUAAUAUCUGAUUCAUCAUGUUGAUAUUUGGGAGAUAUACAAACAGGGGUCAUCAGUGAAAUUCUAUGGAUUGGUUUCUGCCAUUUUAAGAAAAUUCUUCUAUCGAAAUGAGGAUUUUUUUUUCAAAAUGGCAAUAGGAACGAAUACAAGACAGAAAGUCAAUGGAACACAGUUGUUUUACUGUGCAGAAACACAGUAACUUUUAAACUGAUAUUCACUAAACAGGCAAAUGUGCCUCAUAUGAAUUUCACGUGAAUUGUUGUUCACUUGAAAUUUACGUGAUUUUGACAUACAAAGACUCACAUAAUUUCCAUUUAAAUGAUGAUGGCCAUUUUCAUUUAUUCUACUAAAGAACUUAGCUAAAUUCAAAACGUUAUCUAAAUGCUAUUUGGCUAUAUUUAUUCACUAAUAUCAUUUUUUACUCUCUUCAUGAUAAAUAUAAUGGAUUUGAUAUGAUACAUGUUGCUACUUGUCAACUUGUUUGCUAUGGUUUAUCUAUAGCAAAGGCGUGACAAAAGAAGAUUCGUUUUAUCACAUAUUAAGAAUUUUUCCAACAGUCUGUUGGAAUUCACAUGGACACGAAUUGUGCUCCUUUGUUAGCUGACCUGUUUCUAUAUUCAUAUGAAGCAGAAUUUAUUCAAAAACUUCUACGUGAGAAGAAAAAAUAUCUCGCUGUGACCUUCAAUUCAACUUUUAGAUAUAUCGAUGACGUUUUGUCUAUUAACAAUGAUAGCUUUCAUUCAUGUGUCGAUUCGAUAUAUCCCUGUCAGCUUGGAAUAAAAUACACCAUAGAGUC